GCGCACCGAGCGUGCCCCAGCAGCUGACUGGCAGGACUUGUUUACUGGUGGAGACCCAUUAGAGACGAAAGGGGGGAACCUGAUGGGAGAGGUACCGCUUCAACGGGAAUAGAAGUUUCCUCAUUGGCCGUCUUUUUAGGCUUAUACCUUUGUUUACCUCAUCCUUGGACUGUCGGAGACGGUACAUUUACUUUAACUAUAUCGUCAGCACAGAGACCACGUUUGCUGUUAGCUAGCUGCUUCGCCCCCCCCCUCAGCUAAUCUGAAAAAGACGGGCGGCGUGGUGUCGACUUUUCUCACUUUCCGACACACUGCCGCUUAUUAUUUUUAACAGUUGAUCAGAUCGGCCGUGGUUCAUUAAACGAACAGGGUUUUUCCACCGCCGAGUCCCUUUUUUGUGCGUUUCCCACCGGGUUGUCCAUCGGUCCGCGCCGGCGUGGUCAGCGGGGUGAAGGAGUUCAGAGGAAGGUCGUCGGGGAAGCGAUCCCCCGGCAGCACGUUUCCCUGCACGUACUCCAACACCACCUCGGUGAUGUGGACACAUCGGCGGGUUCGCAUCUUGGAAAGGUGAGCUCCAGCGAGGAAAAAACAGGACGGGACACUACAGCAAAUACGUGAGAUACACGAGAGACCUGUGGACUUAAACAAAACAACAACAACAACAACAACUUAACAACAGUCAACGCUGGUUUCUAAUUUGGUGUUAUUACCAACUUACGACCCAAAACACUGGGCUUCGUUGAAGUGAGAUCGUGCUCCUUACUACAACUCACCGCUUUUGGACUUGGGGUUUUGACUGUUCGUUUGGAGAAAGUAGUUGACUGGAGCAGGGCAUACUUGCCAUGGAGUGAACCCGUGUCGAACGGCUCGCAGUCGGGUAUUCCUCGCAGAUCUCCUCGGCGAACUGGAUCUGUUUUCCUGGAUCCUCCGGUACGCUGUGAUAAACAGAUGAAAGACAACUACCUUGUGCGCUUAUGGAACAUGAAGCUUUUUAUCCGCACUUGUUUCGCCAGAACCCAAGACCACGUUAUUUAAGUGGUCGGACUUUUGUAAGGGUCUCAUCAAACUCCCAUCGUUUUAAAUCAUAAUACAACCACGUUGGACCCCGGCCCCUUUAGGGGGGGGCAACACCAUCUUUUUUUGCCAGUGUAUUAAAACACAUUUGGAUUUUUAUACGUUUUGUUAUUAUAACAUACCUAUUAUAAAAGGACGUUUUUUCUUUAGUCGUCGAUUUUUUAUGAACUUAUGCAAGAGGAAAUCACCUGGAAAGGCAACAUGGGAUGCUGGACGUUUAAACCGCAAACACCAAGUGUGUUUAUUGUAGUGUGCAUCUGCAUUGCAUGCCAGGCUGGACUAUUGAAUGGCGAAAUCUGCCCCAGCAAGGACAUCCGCAACAACGUGACGGACCUCAUGUCGCUGGAGAACUGCACGAUCAUCGAGGGCCACCUGAAGAUCCUGCUCAUGUUCAAGACCAAGCAGGAGGACUUCCGCGGCAUCAGCUUCCCCCGGCUGCGCGUGGUGACAGACUACCUGCUGCUCUUCCGCGUCUACGGCCUGGAGAGCCUCACCGACCUCUUCCCCAACCUGACGGUGAUCCGCGGCAACAACCUGUUCUUCAACUACGCCCUGGUGCUGUUCGAGAUGCUGCAGCUGAAGGAGAUCGGCCUGCACAGCCUCAUGAACAUCACGCGGGGCGCGGUGCGCAUCGAGAAGAACCCCGACCUCUGUUACCUGGCGACGCUGGACUGGUCGAAGGUGCUGGACACGGUGGAGGACAACUACAUCGUGGAGAACAAGAACGACCGGGAGUGCGGCGACGUGUGUCCCGGGACGGCCCAGGGGCAGACGGUCUGCCUGCAGAACACCAUCAACGGACACUUCCGGGGCCGCUGCUGGACACAGAACCACUGCCAGAGAAUGUGCUCAGACAACUGUAAGCACGGGGCCUGCACCAUGCAGGGCCAGUGCUGCCACGACCAGUGCCUGGGAGGGUGCUCGGAGGUGGGGAACGCCAGCAGCUGUGUGGCGUGCCGGAGGCUCCAGCACGGGGACACCUGCAUGGAGGCCUGCCCCCCGGGGUACUACGUCUUCAAGGGCUGGCGCUGCGUCACCCUCAACUUCUGUCAGGACCUCCACAACCAGUGUAAGACGGCCAAGAGGCUUGGCCUCGACCGGGAGCCGGGCUGCAAGGAGUAUGUCAUCCACAACGGGGCCUGCUUACCCGACUGUCCCUCUGGAUACACCACCAUGAACUCCACCUCGUAAGUCUCUGUCUUCAGUGCUCAGAGGUUAGCCCUAGGCUCUGGAAACACUGAACCAUCCGAUAUUGAAUCGAAUUGUGACCCUGGAACGCAGAUGCUUCCAAAGCUCGUGAAAGCUCGUCUUGUCUUUUCAGACUCGCCGUUAUUCUCAUGUUAUAAUAUUGUUAAAACCCGGGUCUUCCCUCCUUCUGCUACCCUCCAAGCCAACGCUGACCACCUGACCUCCUCUCCCCCGCCCCUCAGGCCCUCUCGCCGGCGCCGGUCGCUGGGUGUGGGCGUGGCCAACGCCACCCAGACCCUGCCCAACUUCCUCACCACGGCGCCCAGCCCGGCAGGAGGCCUCACCACCCCAAGCCCCGAGGAGGAGGGCUCCAAGGUGGAACUGAAGGUGUUUGCCAAGGAGUCCACGGUGAUCUCCAACCUGCACCACUUCACCAGCUACAAGAUCGAGAUCCUGGCCUGCAACCACCUCACAGACCCCCUGCGCUGCAGCAUGGCCACCUACGUCAGCGCGCGCACCAUGCCAGAGGAAAAAGCAGACGACAUCCCGGGGCGCGUGACCCACGACAUGAUCCCCGACGAGCCCAACUCGGUGUUCAUCCGCUGGCAGGAGCCCCGCACGCCCAACGGCCUCAUCGUCCUCUACGAGCUCUUCUACCGGAAGGUCGGGGACCAGGAGUUCCACACGGCCUGCGUGUCCCGACCCGCCUACAUGAGCAAAGGGGGCACCAAGCUGAGACUGGUGCAUCCUGGGAACUACAGCGUGAGAGUGCGCGCCAGAUCGCUGGCGGGGAACGGCUCCUUCACCGAGAACGCCUUCUUCUUCAUGCCCGACAAGGACAGCGGCCUGCUGAAGAUCCUCGUCGGCCCGGUCAUCUGCUUCAUCCUGCUGCUCUGCGUCGGGGGCGGAGUCUUUGUGAUCUUCAAGAAGAAACAAACGGAAGGCCCCACGGGACCUCUGAUCGCCUCCUCCAACCCCGAGUACAUCAGCGCCAACGAUGUGUACGUGCCUGACGAGUGGGAGGUGCCGCGGGACAAGAUCGUGGUGAUGCGUGAGCUGGGCCAGGGCUCGUUCGGCAUGGUGUACGAGGGCCUGGCCAAGGACAUCAUCAAGGGCGAGCCCGACACCCGCGUGGCCGUCAAGACGGUCAACGAGUCGGCCAGCCUGCGGGAGCGCAUCGAGUUCCUCAACGAGGCGUCCGUCAUGAAGGCCUUCAUCUGUCACCACGUGGUGCGUCUGCUGGGCGUGGUCUCCAAAGGCCAGCCCACCCUGGUGGUGAUGGAGCUCAUGACCCACGGCGACCUGAAGAGCUACCUGCGCUGCCUCCGGCCCGAAUCUGAGUAUAACCCGACGGGCCGGCCACCGCCCACCUUGAAGCUGAUGAUCCAGAUGGCCGGGGAGAUCGCCGAUGGCAUGGCCUACCUCAACGCCAAGAAGUUCGUCCACCGUGACCUGGCCGCCAGGAACUGCAUGGUGGCCGAGGACUUCACUGUCAAGAUCGGAGACUUCGGGAUGACCCGAGACAUCUACGAGACGGACUACUACCGCAAGGGGGGCAAGGGCCUUCUGCCGGUGCGCUGGAUGGCCCCGGAGUCGCUGAAGGACGGGGUCUUCACCGCCCACUCGGACUGCUGGUCGUUUGGGGUGGUGCUGUGGGAGAUCACCACGCUGGCGGAGCAGCCCUACCAGGGCCUGUCCAACGAGCAGGUGCUGAAGUUCGUCAUGGACGGAGGCUACCUGGACCGGCCGGACAACUGCCCCGAGAGGAUGCACAACCUGAUGCAGAUGUGCUGGCAGUACAACCCCAAGAUGCGGCCCGUGUUCCAGGAGAUCAUCGAGAUGCUGCGCGAGGACCUGCACGCGUCCUUCCAAGAGCUCUCCUUCUUCUACAGCGAGGAGAACAAGCAGCCCGAGGCCGAGGACUUUGACCUGGACCUGGAGAACAUGGAGAGCAUUCCCUUGGACCCUUCCUCCUACUCCCAGCGGGGGGGAGGGGGGGGCGGGGGGGAGAGCCUGGGCCGGGAGGGCGGGCCCUCGGGGACCCCGCGGGGGGGCCCCUACGAUGAACACGUGCCCUACACGCACAUGAACGGCGGCAAGAAGAACGGUCGCAUCCUGUCGUUGCCCCGCUCCAGCCCGUCCUAACGGUCACCGCGU